AUGGAGAUCGCCCUGGUGCCCCUGGAGAACGGAGGUGCCAUGACCAUCAGAGGAGAAGGUGAGGCAAGAGCAGGCUGUGGUCAGACCACCGGAGGAGAGCUUCAGUAUCCUCCGACGGCUGGGCUUAGCGAUGGGCACAAAGAGCAGGCUCCAAGGGGGCGCAGCACUCAGAGGGGCACGGACCCAGGAGGGAGACCUUUGCCUCCGCUGCCUCAGGAACUGCCUCAGCCUAGACGGCCCACUCCAGAGGAUGAGGAGGGAGAAGGCGACCCCAGCUUGGGCAUGGUGGAGGACCAGGUACCAGUACUGGGAGCGGGGGCCCUUCACCACCAGCGAGUUCUCAUAAACAUCUCUGGGCUGCGCUUCGAGACGCAGCUGGGCACCUUGGCACAGUUCCCCAAUACCCUCCUGGGGGACCCAGCCAAGCGUCUGCGCUACUUUGACCCUCUGAGAAAUGAGUACUUCUUCGACCGCAAUCGGCCCAGCUUCGAUGGCAUCCUCUACUACUACCAGUCUGGAGGUCGCCUGCGGAGGCCAGUCAAUGUCUCCCUGGACGUGUUCGCAGAUGAGAUCCGCUUUUACCAGCUGGGGGACGAGGCCAUGGAGCGCUUCCGGGAGGACGAGGGCUUCAUUAAAGAAGAGGAGAAACCCCUGCCCCGUAACGAGUUCCAACGUCAGGUGUGGCUUAUCUUUGAAUACCCGGAAAGCUCUGGGUCUGCACGGGCUAUCGCCAUCGUCUCCGUCUUAGUCAUUCUCAUUUCUAUCAUCACCUUCUGCUUGGAGACCCUGCCUGAGUUCAGGGAUGAACGUGAGCUUCUUCGACAUCCCCCGGUGCCUCACCAGCCUUCUGCCCCCGCCUCAGGGACCAAUGGCAGUGGGGCCAUGGCACCUCCCUCUGGUCCGACAGUGGCCCCACUCCUGCCUAGGACAUUGGCAGACCCUUUCUUCAUUGUAGAGACCACGUGUGUCAUCUGGUUCACUUUUGAGCUGCUUGUGCGCUUCUUUGCCUGUCCCAGCAAGGCAGAGUUCUCCAGGAACAUCAUGAACAUCAUUGAUAUUGUGGCCAUCUUCCCCUACUUCAUCACCCUGGGCACGGAACUGGCAGAACAACAGCCAGGGGGUGGAGGAGGGGGUGGCCAGAAUGGGCAGCAGGCCAUGUCCCUGGCCAUCCUCAGGGUGAUCCGCCUGGUCCGGGUGUUCCGCAUCUUCAAGCUCUCCCGACACUCCAAGGGGCUGCAGAUCCUGGGGAAGACCUUGCAGGCCUCCAUGAGGGAGCUGGGGCUGCUCAUCUUCUUCCUUUUCCUUGGAGUCAUCCUCUUUUCCAGUGCCGUCUACUUUGCAGAAGCAGACAACCAGGGGUCCCACUUCUCCAGCAUCCCUGAUGCCUUCUGGUGGGCAGUAGUCACUAUGACCACCGUGGGCUAUGGGGACAUGAGGCCCAUCACCGUGGGUGGUAAGAUUGUGGGCUCUCUGUGUGCCAUUGCUGGGGUCCUCACUAUUGCCCUGCCUGUGCCCGUCAUUGUCUCCAACUUUAACUACUUCUAUCAUCGGGAGACAGACCAUGAAGAGCAGGCAGCCCUGAAGGAAGAGCAAGGCAACCAGAGACGGGGGUCUGGACUAGACUCUGGAGGCCAAAGGAAGGCUAGCUGGAGCAAGGCUUCCCUCUGCAAGGCUGGGGGGUCCCUGGAGAAUUCCGACAGUAACCGGAGGGGCAGCUGCCCCCUGGAGAAGUGUAAUCUCAAGGCCAAGAGCAAUGUUGACUUGCGGAGAUCUCUGUAUGCCCUCUGUCUGGACAGCAGCCGGGAAACAGACUUGUAA